GUCGCGGAAACCGACGGCCCCGGCGCCGCCUCCCCUCAGCGGGCAGGGCCGGCCCCGGCAGCGCCGGCCCCGGCAGCGCCGCCCCGUUCUCUCCUCUCGCCUCCUCUCCCUCACACACAGAGACACGGACCCGGGGAGAGGCUCCCUGCGCCGGGUCGGCUUCUUCUGCCGCCGCCCCGCAGACCUAAGUUUCCGUUGUCACCUCUGCAUUACCUGAUGGAAGAUGUGUAGCUGAAAGAAGUGGCGCAUGUAACUCGGCUUCAAGAUACGGUGAGAAUGGUGUUGGAUCUAAAGUUGCUAGAUGCGUCUCAAUUGCACCUGGACGUAGACUUCUACCAAGAAGGGAAUUCCUGUGAAGAAUUGGCUGCAGGCAAAGAUAUGUGUGAAUUUUCUGCGUGAAGACUCUCAAACUGGAUUACAUAAUAAUAUGACUUAAGCAUGUGUCCUCUGGCUCUCUUAUUUUGAUCCUUAAAAAUGAGUAGGGUAGUACGUGAAAUUUAACCCAUUUUUGAUGAGUGAUCUAGACAUGAGUUUACAUCGGCAAAUGGGCUCUGAUCGGGACCUCCAGUCUUCUGCUUCUUCUGUGAGUUUGCCGUCGGUUAAAAAGGCACCAAAGAAAAGAAGAAUCUCCUUGGGCUCUCUUUUUCGGAGGAAAAAAGACACAAAACGCAAGUCUAGGGAUUUAAAUGGGGGCGUCGAUGGAAUUGCGAGCAUCGAAAGCAUUCAUUCAGAAAUGUGUACGGACAAGAACUCUAUUUUCUCCACGUGUACCUCUUCCGAUAAUGGAACAACCUCUAGCAGCAAACCAAGCGGAGACUUCAUGGAAUGCCCCUUGUGCCUUCUGCGGCACUCCAAGGACAGGUUCCCGGAGAUCAUGACUUGUCACCAUAGAUCCUGUGUGGAUUGCUUGCGGCAGUAUCUCCGGAUAGAAAUCUCUGAGAGUAGAGUUAAUAUUAGCUGCCCAGAGUGCUCAGAACGAUUUAACCCUCACGAUAUCCGUUUGAUAUUAAAUGAUGACAUCCUGAUGGAAAAAUACGAGGAGUUCAUGCUUAGGCGAUGGCUUGUUGCGGAUCCCGAUUGUAGGUGGUGCCCAGCUCCAGAUUGCGGAUACGCCGUGAUCGCGUUUGGAUGCGCCAGCUGUCCCAAACUUACAUGUGGACGAGAAGGCUGCGGGACUGAGUUCUGCUAUCACUGUAAGCAGAUUUGGCACCCGAACCAGACCUGCGAUGCCGCUCGCCAGGAGAGAGCUCAAAGUCUGCGCCUGAGAACAAUUCGUUCCUCGUCUAUCAGCUACAGCCAGGAAUCUGGAGCGGCAGCUGAUGACAUAAAGCCAUGCCCACGCUGUGCUGCUUAUAUAAUAAAAAUGAACGAUGGAAGCUGCAAUCAUAUGACUUGUGCUGUCUGUGGCUGUGAGUUCUGCUGGCUAUGUAUGAAAGAGAUCUCAGAUUUACACUAUUUAAGCCCCUCAGGUUGCACAUUUUGGGGAAAGAAACCAUGGAGCCGUAAGAAGAAAAUACUGUGGCAACUCGGGACGCUUGUUGGAGCUCCUGUAGGAAUUGCAUUAAUAGCUGGCAUUGCUAUUCCUGCUAUGAUUAUUGGAAUUCCCGUGUAUGUGGGACGGAAGAUUCACAAUCGAUACGAAGGCAAAGACAUUUCCAAGCACAAGCGAAAUUUGGCCAUAGCAGGUGGUGUAACCCUAUCUGUCAUCGUUUCUCCAGUUGUAGCUGCAGUAACUGUAGGUAUUGGUGUUCCUAUUAUGCUGGCGUACGUGUACGGAGUCGUUCCCAUUUCCCUCUGCCGGAGUGGAGGCUGUGGCGUUUCGGCAGGCAACGGGAAAGGUGUCAGGAUAGAAUUUGACGAUGAAAAUGAUAUAAACGUUGGUGGGACAAAUGCAGCUGUAGACACCACUUCAGUAGCAGAGGCGCGCCACAACCCCAGUAUAGGUGAAGGGAGCGUCGGGGGACUGACCGGCAGCUUGAGUGCAAGCGGUAGCCACAUGGACAGAAUAGGAGCCAUCCGAGACAAUCUCAGCGAAACUGCUAGCACCAUGGCCCUGGCUGGAGCCAGUAUAACAGGGAGCCUCUCAGGAAGUGCAAUGGUUAACUGCUUUAACAGACUGGAAGUACAAGCAGAUGUGCAGAAAGAACGAUACAGUCUGAGUGGAGAAUCUGGCACAGUGAGCUUGGGAACAGUUAGUGAUAAUGCCAGUACCAAAGCGAUGGCAGGAUCCAUUCUGAACUCCUAUAUCCCUUUGGACAGGGAAGGCAACAGUAUGGAAGUACAAGUGGAUAUUGAAUCAAAGCCAGCCAAAUUCAGACACAACAGUGGAAGCAGCAGCGUUGACGACGGCAGUGCUGCGGGUCGUAGUAACGCUGGCUGUUCCUCGGCCUGCGUGCCAGAGAGUAAAUCGAGUGCCACCAAGUGGUCCAAAGAAACAACAGCAGGAAAAAAAUGUAAAGGUAAGCUGCGAAAGAAAAGCAGCAUGAAGAUAAACGAGACAAGGGAGGACAUGGAUGCCCAGCUGUUGGAACAACAAAGCACAAACUCCAGUGAAUUUGACUCUCCCUCUCUUAGCGAUAGUAUUCCAUCCGUAGCAGAUUCCCACUCGAGUCACUUUUCUGAGUUCAGUUGCUCAGAUAUGGAGAGUAUGAAAACUUCCUGUAGCCACGGUUCCAGCGACUAUCACACGCGCUUUACCACGGUCAGUGUUCUCCCAGAGGUGGAAAACGACCGCUUGGAAAACUCCCCCCAGGCGAGUGGGAUCCCUGCGCCCGUCCCCGCAGCCCCGAGCACUGACGUUCCCCAGCUGAGUUACAUCGCCGAGGAAGGCGUGAACAACGCUUCUGCCACGGAUGGAGAUCCAGGUGCUGGGGAAACGCUGAAAGAAACCAACAACAACCAUUCGCAACAUGCUGCGGAGUUGAGCACUGCUAUUCAGACUGAAAUUUAAGCCAAAAAGUGCUGCAAAAACGUAUUUACCACUAAUGAACCCUGCCUGAAAGCUGGUUGAAUUACAAUGCGAUGACUUGCGUUAAGUUUCAGGUGACCAGCAGAAGCAAGGUUUUGAUACAACUGUAUUUUAUAUAUACCUGUCUAAUAAAGAAGAGUACUUCAUAUGGAUCCUAGACCUGUGUGAAGGGGCACGAAGGCUUUAACAAGUGCAUUACAGCAGUACAAAUACAUCCAUGUUUUUUUUUUGUUUUUGCCACGACUUUGCUUGAAAGCAUAUGCUUGGUGUACUUAGGUAAAAAAAAAAAAAAAAAAAAUUAAAAAAUUGGGUAAUCGUUAAUGUUAAAUGCUAAAAUGAAUACUAUGUCCUGCACUGUUCACUUGAAAAAUAUGGGGUUUGGGAUAAAUGGGUGUUAGCUGAGCAUUAGUGACUUAAAACCAUUCUAGUGUGAACUCUAAGGGAAGCAAAAGUUUUGCAGAGACCUGUCCAAACACCUUUCAGCAGUGAAUAUUCAUGAGCAUCAUUUUGUUUCAUAACUGGACACACUAUUUAGAAUGCACGUAGAACGACUCGCGUGUCUUCAGGUGGAUGUAGCCUGUGUCAGAAGCGUUUGCGUGUACACUUUGAGCAAGGUUACGGCAUUUUAUAUGGUUUUGAAACAGAAGAAAUUGGUACUUAAUGCGUGGCAGAAUGGAGACAUCACCCAUGAAGAGCAGUGGGGUCACUUGUUUAUUCAUGCAACCAACCAUGCGGCAGAUAAGGCUACUAUAUAUUGUGUAAAACCUGUAGAGUAACAGUCCAUUGAUUUAUAAGCAUUGUAGAAAAGCAGAUGCAGUCACCUUUCAUGAGGGGGGAAAAUUGGUGCCCCAUCAAUUCUCGGUGCCUUCGGAAAAGACUGGGUUUGAAGUGCCUGGUCGCUUGAGGAUUUUACUGUAAUGUUUUCCAGAAUGUCCUCUUUGGCCACCUUCAAUCACAAAAGAAAAUCCUAGUGAAUAAAAUGACUGUGGUAGAUAAAUGUAUAAUAAUGAUAAAGCAUUAGCCUACCAAAGACUCACUCAGGCUUUCGUGAAUGACGUUCACAUGACAUCUCCUUGCAAGGCGUGCGUUCCUGCAGUCCCCGAAUCAGAGUGCAGUGCAAUGACUGCCCACGUGCAAAGAUGGGUUCCAAAUAUGCUGGCUUUUUUGUUUGUUUGUUUCUUUUGCAUACGGAAGAUGUACAGCUGAACACAAGCUGAAGUUGGCCAAAGCGCCUGCACUGUUAAUGUUUUUUUUUUGUUUUGUUUUGUUUUUUUUUUUUGCUAUGUAAAUCACUAAAAAUGGGAAAAGAAAUUGUGAAUAUCAGAAUAACAGUUAACGAUGUUCUGUCUUGUGUUUCAUGUAUUGCCAUUAUGGUGCUACUGGAAGUUUGGUUGGAUAAAAAGAAAAUGCCAUGAGCUGCAGUCCUCUUCCAUGACUUACCCUCACCAGUUUCAUGAAUAUGCUUAUAACACUAGUGCCAGUUAUGUUAUUUGAUAAUGCUUGUUACAGUAUUUGUAUAUUUGCAAUUCAGUUUUGCUCAAUAAUAUGCGUGUAAACUGCAUAUCUGAAAUAAAUGUCUAAAUACUGA